UAAUCACUCCGGCUGGGUUGAUAGCUUCUUCUUUUUCAAUGCUGCUAUGGAGCUCGAGCGGAUUUAUGGUCGAGAUGGUCAUCAAUCAAUGCUACCAUUGACAAACGAAGAGAACACCACCACCCAAUUUCUAAAAGUCGACCUGCGAAUAUGCCAAUUUUCAAAAUCAAGAAACCAUUUUCCUGCCAGUACUUUGAUUCGGUCGAGAGAACCGAACGACAUGGUUUUCUUGUUCCGAUUCAAUCAAAAUGCAGUGUCCCUUUGUCUGAAUUCGAUGCGAGACGAGAUUGUGAUACCGUUUGACCAACUCGUAAGCUUCAAGGUGUCUUCUUCCUUGCAAAUUUGCAUGAAGCUUAAACAAGAUUUCAACAGAGUGUAUCUUCGACGUGAAAGGUUGGCAACCCAAUCGGCGAUUUUGAAGGUGGAAAAAGAUCCCACCGGAGGUCUUUUAGAUGGAACACUUUCAAUCCUGCUUACACAUAACGUUGGCGUUUGUCCUCAGGUGUUAUACAUGAUUGAAGCGGGAAUAAACAAACUGUGGUUUGAUCGAUUUGGAGUUGUCAACGAAAUGAAAGUUAGUUCUAAUUGUCCAUCGUUAAAUAUUUGUUGUUAUUUAUCAAAUCAAGCGAAAGAAUUUUCGUUCCCCAAAAAUGAAAAUCUAUUCCACUUCAUCGUCUAUCUUAAGGGAUAUCUCAAGUAUCCGUUAAAGAAACUGAAGUAUAAAACAAAGAAGGGAGAAAUAGUACCCCUGAGAAACGAAAGUGAUUGGGAAUCAGCAAAAUCUGUUACUGAUACAGAUAAUCAUGGGCCUAUGUCAUGUCACACCAAUGUUAAUUACAAGCGUUUAACAAAAAGUUUUUCUGUUCGCAUCACUCUCUCAUUGAUGGUUGAAAAUUCGCAAGUGCAUGCUGUUGCAAAGUAUGGACCUAAUUCAUACUAA